AUGGAGACUCAUGACGAGGAUCCCGACUCUUAUAUCCAGAGUUUUGGGCCCCACCCCUACCACCACCAGGAGAAACAGCAGGUCCUGGACACCGGUGAACAGCUGAUGGUCCCGGUAGAAGUGCUGCAGGAGAGCAACAAAGCAGUGUGGUGGAAGUUCCUGGUCUCAGGGGCUGUGGCUGGUGCUGUGUCACGCACUGGGACCGCCCCGCUGGACAGGGCUAAAGUCUUCAUGCAGGUCUACGCCUCCAAGACAAACAUCAUGAACUUGCUGGGGGGGAUGCGGAGCAUGAUCCAAGAAGGUGGAAUCAGCUCCCUGUGGCGGGGAAAUGGAAUCAAUGUGCUCAAGAUCGCACCCGAGUACGCCAUCAAGUUCUCCGUCUUUGAGCAGUGUAAAACUUCCUUCUGCAACCAGAAAACCCCACAACCCUUUCAUGAGCGAAUCCUGGCUAGCUCCCUGGCGGUGGCCAUCUCCCAGACUCUCAUCAACCCCAUGGAGGUACUGAAGACCCGGCUGAUGCUCCGGCGGACGGGCCAGUAUGACGGGCUACUGGAUUGUGCGCGCCAGAUCCUAGGGCGUGAGGGAGCCCGAGCCUUCUAUCGGGGCUACUUGCCCAACAUGCUGGGCAUCGUGCCCUAUGCCUGCACCGACUUGGCCGUCUAUAAGUUGCUCAGGUGGGUUUGGCUCUACUUAGGGUUCGAAUCAAACAAUCCCAGUGGGAUGGUAAGCCUAUUGUCCGUCACACUGUCCAGUACCUGUGGUCAGAUGGCCAGCUACCCCCUGACACUGGUGCGGACAAGGAUGCAGGCCCAAGACACUGUGGAGGGCUCAAAUCCCACCAUGCGAGGUGUCUUUGGAAAGAUCCUAGCCCAGCAAGGCAUGCCCGGCCUGUACCGGGGGGUGACACCCACCCUCCUGAAGGUGCUGCCAGCAGUGGGCAUCAGCUAUGUGGUGUACGAAGCCAUGAAGAGUGCUCUGGGGGUGGCUAAGUAG